GGGGAAAAAAAAAACUGCCUACCACGAUAGGGGCUCCGGAUGAGGGUCCAUACCGUUGCCUGCUUCAUUUACAGCGAGCUGGAUGUCAAAUCACAAUUUUCCCUGUGACAUUCCAAAGCCUGCAUCGGUUGAUGAGUUCGUCAAGCAUGGCAAGAAGAAGAAGUCGUUCAUGUCGAGCAUCUUUCGCAAGAAAGGGAGGGGCAGCACGGGGAGCUCGGACAAGAAGCUACUCUCGCGGAGAGAUAUCGUCUUCGAUUUGGAGGAGAAAUGCGAUGAUAGGACGGAGCUCAUGGAUGCUUCCCCUGCCGUCCGCAAGAGCUUUUCAGAUCGGCAUUGCACCACAAAAAUUGAAAGCUUGACUCUGAGCUGCCUGGAUUCACCCAACAGGCAGAAUUUCGAUACGCGGGAAUACCGGGUGUUCGUAGGCACAUGGAAUGUAGCUGGGAAGCCUCCUAACAGCAAUAUUAACCUGGAAGAUUUUCUACAGAUAGAAGGACUACCUGAUAUAUACGUCUUGGGGUUUCAGGAGAUCGUUCCUCUGAACGCAGGCAACGUGCUGGUCAUCGAGGACAACGAGCCGGCGGCGAAGUGGCUGGGCCUCAUAUACCAAGCUCUGAACAAGCCCCAGGACCAGUCCUCCGGCGACGAGCUGUCGCCGCCGGAGACCUCCGACAGCCGGCAGGGCGGCGGCUGCCGCGACACCAUACCCAAGUCAUCGAGUGGCGGCAUGCUCUUCUUCCAGAAGCCGUCGCUCAAGAUGCUCAGCAAGAACUACCGCGUGGACAGCGCGCUGGUGAAGACGUGCACCUGCCUGACCGAUCCGUCCACCAUGCAGCGGCGGGCGCGGGAGAUGCGGGAGUUCAUCUACCGCGUCGAGGCAUCGCCGCCACCGUCGUUGGCGUCGGCCGCGGCGGCGGCCGAUGAAGACGGACCGCCAGACGCCGGCGAACUGGCGCGAAGCAGCGUGAACUACUGCCUGAUCGCGAGCAAGCAGAUGGUGGGCAUCUUCAUGUCGGUGUGGGUGCGGCGGGAGCUCGUGCAGUACAUCGGCCACCUCAGGGUGGACUCCGUCGGCAGAGGCAUCAUGGGGCGCCUCGGCAACAAGGGUUGCAUCGCGAUGAGCAUGACGCUGCACCAGACCAGCGUCUGCUUCAUCUGCAGCCACCUGGCCUCCGGCGAGAAGGAAGGCGACGAGCUGAGGAGGAACUCCGACGUCGCGGAGAUCAUCAAGAGCACCCAGUUCCCGCGCAUCUGCAAGGUGCCUGGCCAGCGGAUCCCCGAGAAGAUCCUUGACCACGACCGGGUCAUAUGGCUAGGAGACCUGAAUUACCGAGUCGCGCUAAGCUACGACGAGACGAAGACGUUGAUGGCGGAGAAUGACUGGGAUACCUUACUUGAGAAAGACCAGCUGAUGAUCGAGAGACAAGCAGGGAGAGUAUUCAAAGGGUGGAAAGAAGGCAAGAUCUACUUCGCACCGACCUACAAAUACACGCAGAAUUCUGACGCGUACGCAGGGGAGACAGCCAAAUCGAAGAAGAAACGGAGAACGCCUGCAUGGUGUGACCGGAUACUGUGGCACGGCCAGGGAAUCGAGCAGCUGCAGUACAUUAGAGGGGAGUCCAGGUUCUCCGAUCACAGGCCUGUUUGCAGUGUGUUUGUGAUCGAAGCUGAUGUAGAUAAUGGAAGCAGGAUCAGAAAGGGCUACUCAACUCUGGAUUCUAGGAUCCAUUGCGAGUCUGCGAUGCCGCAGAGACACAGCUUCUACGAUGAUUAUUGACUUGUGAUAGUGGUUUUGUCUAUACUACUAGAAAUAUUUCUUUGUAGUGAGAGGGCUGCAUUUUUUCAAGCCUAGAACUUGUCUUACACUAACUGGAGUAAAUGGAGGCUUCUGACCAAAAUACCUGUGAAAAAUGGGAUUUCUGACCUGAUAACUACCUGUGCAAA